AUGGUAACCUUCGAAGAUCCGGCCGUGCUUGGUGAUUUCAUGGAUUCCAUGUAUGAUCAGCCUAUGGAGUACAAAAUUGACUCCACAGGUCGACCGGUUUAUCGCUGUCACAAUGAUUUCGGGCCAUUGCGGAAACUGAGAAAUAUACCAAAAAUUGUCGACUUUGGCCUGUCUACAAGGCUUGAUGGGGAGGACGAUUCAGGCGUUUACCCGAUUCAGCCAGACCACUAUCGCGCGCCGGAGGUUAUCCUGGGCUGUGGUUGGAGGAUGGGUGCAGAUAUAUGGAAUCUAGGCGUUCUUAUUUGGGAUAUUGUCGAUGGCAAAGAACUGUUUCGCCAGGUACAUGAUACAAAAGGGAGCUACGAUGCUAAAACGCAUCUUGCAGAGAUGAUCGCUUUGCUUGGACCCCCUCCCCUAGCGCUGAUCUCAAGAAUUCAAUCAAUGGCAGGGUACAAAUGGCCAGAGUCUAUAAAACGGGAGGACGGCGAGCUUUGUGAAAGUGCAGCACAAUACUUUGGUGGCCCGUUCUUUGAUAAAGAUGGUAAAUUUCUGCAUGAGGACUUGAUUCCAAACCGAAAGCUUGAAGAUACACUCCCUUCCCUAGAAGAAAAGGAAAGAGAGAAUUUCCUGUCAUUUGCCAAGCUGAUGCUUGCAUGGCUUCCUGAGGAGCGAUUAGCGGCGCGUGAAUUGAUGGAACAUCCGUUUCUUCGACUGAAAUAA